CCACUCCCUCUGCCGCACAACGGUUCCCUUUCUGUUUUCUGCUUACUUUCCUUCUUUCAGUGUGACAGAGUGAGACAGCAAUUUGUCAGUUUCCCUUCCCUUCCCCUCUCUGCCUCUCCAACUUCCCCUCUUUUUUUAUCAUCUCGCCUUUUCCUCUGAAACCCUAGGCAUUUUCCUUCUCCUUCCCCACACCGUCGGAAAACCAAGCGUCGCCGGUGAUCUAUCCCCGCCGCUCGCCGGCUCUUCACCUUCCGUAGUUUGUUUGCAGCUAAGAUAAGGGAGGGAGGAUGCUGAAGAAGACUGUUAAGAGGAAGCUGGACCUGGACGGGAAAGACGGUGGCGGGGUCAACUUAGACCGGGUGUACAAAUUCAAGAUCUUACUCCCAAAUGGGGUGACGGUGGGAAUAAGAUUGAGCAACCCUGAACCUGAAAUGUCGCUCCAGAAUUUCAUUCAGAAGGUGAGAGAGGAGUAUGCCAUUGUGAGGAGGCAAUCAGGGGUUACACCUCAAUGGGGUGUGAUUUGGACCUCUGAAUCUUUGUAUCUUGUGGAUGCCCAUGAUCGUAAAGUAAGACAGAAGAUCAUGUUUGAGAAUUACAAGCCCUACAAGUGCCAUGUUCUACGUCUUCACGAUGGAGGCUCGAGGAUCAGUCGGACUUUUGAGAAUAUGUGGGAUCUCACGCCGGACACAGACUUGCUGAAGGAGUUACCAGAGGCAUAUUCUUUUGAGUCUGCUCUUGCAGAUUUGAUUGAUAAUUCAUUACAAGCAGUUUGGACCAAUGGUAAAAGUGACCGGAGAUUGAUUCGAGUGGAUGUAAAGGAAGAUAGGGUUUCUAUCUUUGAUACUGGUCCUGGAAUGGACAGUAGUGAAGAAAAUUCUAUUUCAAAAUGGGGGAAGAUGGGGGCGUCCCUCCAUAGGUCGUCAAAGGCACAGGCAAUAGGGGGCGAACCGCCAUACUUGAUGCCCUUUUUUGGCAUGUUUGGAUUUGGAGGGCCCAUUGCGUCCAUGCAUAUGGGAAGGCGAGCUUUGGUAUCCUCCAAGACCAAAACAUCAAGUAAAGUUUACACAUUGCAUUUAGAGAGAGAAGCUUUGCUUAAGAAAUCUAAUUCCGAACAGUCUUGGAAGACUCCCGGUGGCUUGAGGGAUCCCUUAGAGGAGGAAGAUAAAGAAUCACCUCAUGGAAGCUUCACAAAGGUCGAGAUUUUUGAGCUUAAACUUAAAAGCUUGGAUGUAUUUCAACUCCAGUGCAAACUGAAGGACAUUUAUUUCCCUUACGUCCAGUGUGAUGAAAUGUCUGGGAAGACGACAAGACCAAUUGAAUUUCUGGUUGAUGGUAUUGACUUAGCUGAGAUAACCGGUGGUGAGGUGGCAGUUACCAACUUCAAUUCUUGCAAUGGGCCUAAUUUUGUCUUCCAGCUUAAGUUUUCUUCGGGGCAGGAUCAUAGCCCCAUAGGUACUGCAGGUAGUUCGCCUCAUCAAGAAGCUAAUGCACGCUUGAAGUGUGUUUAUUUUCCUAUAUUGGAGGGUAACGAGACUAUUAAUAGGAUCUUGGAAACCCUGGAUCAGGAAGGGUGUGGAGUUAAUGAAAAUUUUGAAACGUUCAGUCGUGUAUCUAUUCGUCGCCUGGGUCGUCUACUACCCGAUGCUCGCUGGGGUGCUCUUCCAUUUAUGGAUUUUCGGCUGAAAAGGGGAGCAAGAGCGGAUUUGCUGAAGAAAUGUUGCUCAAGAAUUAAAUGUUUCGUUGAAACUGAUGCUGGUUUCAGUCCAACACCUUCAAAGACUGAUCUAGCGCAUCACAACAGAUUUACAACUGCUUUGAAAUGCUUCGGGGGCAGGACUUCUGACAAUCAAGAUGUCAACAUUGAAAUCUUUCGAGAUUCUAAAAAAUGCACUGUUUCACAACUGGAGAGGCAGUAUGAAGAAUGGAUUUUUAAGAUGCACGAACUUUAUGAUAAAGAGAUUGGAUCUGGUGAAGAUGAACCAAUCAUGAUCGUCUCCCCGACAAAUAAAAAUCAACUUUGCAUCUCAUCUGAUGUCUUCAGGGUGCACGAAGUUUUGCACAGAAAAGGAGCAUUGUGGAGGAGAGGCCAGCAGAUCAAAAUCUUGAAGGGAGCAGCUGCUGGAUUCCAUAAAAGCAAUGUAUAUGCAACAAUUGAAUACUUUGUGAUUGAAGGAUUGCAUGGGGAUGCUGGUGGAGACGCUCGAUUUAUAUGCAGGCCACUGCACAUUGCAGAAGAGAAGGGCGCUCGCGUUACCAUGGAAAAUGAAAACUCUACUUUAGAAAUUCGUGAUUCUCAUUCGGUACCUAUUAGUGUUAUUGACUCUGGAAAGUGUCUAGCUGUUGAAGCUGUGGAGUGGGCCAACCAACUUCAGAAGCAACGCCUGAAAGCUCCAUCUACUAUUAAUUUGCUAUAUCUAGAGCAUUGUAAACUGUUGGACAUACACGAGGAAUUGCCUGCUAAUGGUACUGUCCGUGCUGGAAAAGCUCCUCCAAGGGAACUCGUGGCAGUUGCUCGGCCAGCAAAUUUUGAGUCAGCCCAAACUUCUGGAACUUUGGACCAGAAGUAUAUAGUCCAAACUUCUGCUCAAAUGAUUAUGGUCAUUAAGUUCAGCAGCAAUAGGAAGGAACGAGCAACUCAACAUAUAUACUCGUCUCGUGUGUCUCCAACAUCUCGUAAAGGAUUAAGCGGUUUAUAUAUCUUUCAACUGACAGACAAGCGGCAAGAUUUAUUUCAAAGAGCUGGCAUGUACACCUUUUCAUUCUCCCUUACUGACUCCAGUUGCAAGAGUUGUGAUAAAAAGGUGGCUGUUUCCCCUGGACCUCUUAAGCUUAUUAAGGCUCAUCAUAUUUCUGAUAUAGAAGGCUUGCUUCCCGGUUCUAUACUGAAGAACUUGUCAUUGGAGAUGUUUGAUGAAUAUCGUAAUCAUGUGCCGAAGGGGUCAGAAGUUAAGCUAAGUGUUGACGGACUUGAGAUUAUUGAUAAAGAAGGUUCAAAUCGCAAGGUGAACAAUGAUGGAUUUAUUGACCUUGGUGGCGUUCUGAAAGUAAAAGCUGGUUUUGGGCAGAUCGCCUCCAUUUAUGUUUCACGUCAUGGCAAUGACAAGGUUCUGUUCCAGAAACAGUUUCAAAUUGACCAGAGGAUGCUACAAAUCGCGUCAGAGGUGCCGAAGUUCUGCACUGCUGGGUCUCAGCUUGAAAACUUAGUAUUUAGAGUCGUGGAUUCUGGCGGUGAGGUUGACACGAGGAUCCAUGACGCUGGGAGCUGUCAAUCUCUCAUCCUAAAAGUAAAAUCUAUUGAAUCAAACGUUGAGGAUUCUGUUCCAUAUGCAUUCAGCCAUGGAUGCUGCACUGUACCGAGUAUUCAAAUCCCUCCAGUGGAAGGGAGCUUAUGCAUCACAGCAUUUCACUCUCUCUGCUCGCAACUACAGUGCGACAUUGUGGUCAGUGUCAUGAAGGCUCCAAAAGUAGAAUGCACAAAGAUCCAAACUCCAUCUCCAUCUUCAGAUGGGAAGCGUCUUUUCGUCCAGGACUGCUCACCUCAUAUGAGUGCAGAAAAUAUAACGCCAUUAAGUGCAAUUGAUGAGGAGACAUUGCUGGCUCCAGAUGUUGAAUGCCAGAAGAUCCAAACUCCGUCUCCAUCUUCAAAAGGGAAGUGUCUGUUGGUUCAGGACUGCUCCCCUCAUGGAAGUGCAGAAAAUUUAAUGCCUCUAUGUACAAUUGAUGAGAUGAUGCAUGGUAUUUUUAAGCAUGGCAAGAGAAUUGGAGAGUUGGAGAAUGCGCUGAAAGAAUUACUGGUGGAGAAGGAAGAAAUUGAGCUAAACAUAUCUCAGCUCCAAGAUUCUGCCAGAAGUCAGUCCUUAAGCAUUGUGGACUGUCUGCCAACUAAGGAGCAAAUAGAGGAAAGAAUUGAGAGGAGUAGUUCAGCUUCCGCAAUUGUCAAUCAUUUAUCAAGAGAUCAUACAAGUGGAAUACCAGAACCACAUUUCUGCAACAGUAUAAUUGGUCUAGUUGCGAAGCUCGGGACAGUAAGCACAAGCAAGCUAAGCAGGUUAUUAAGCGAGUAUCUGGGCGAGGAUCAGAUGCUUGCUGUGGUCUGUACAUCCUUUAAAGAAGCAGCAGGUUCUCUGGAGAAAUAUAGAGAGAAUGGAGAAAUUGAUUACGAGUUCGGUGUCCAUGCACAAGCAGCUGCCCUUGGAAGAUCUAUAAUUGGCCGAUUUCAAGUUAUAUCUCUUGAAGAUUUGUUGCCCUACAAAGGGAAUCUUGAAGCAAAUUGCCCCCAAAGGAAGCUGGCACUUCCCCCUCCGGAAUUACCAAAUGGGAAGACACCACCUGGUUUCUUGGGCUAUGCGGUCAACAUGGUCGAAAUAGACAGCGACCACCUUAAAACAAGGACAACGGAGGGUUAUGGACUGAGGGAAACACUAUUCUUCCAUCUGUUCGGGAAGCUUGAGGUAUACGAUACCCGAGAAUCGAUGCACAAGGCACGUGCACAUCUCUUCUACACGAAACAUGGUGCUGUGUCUCUAGAUGGAGGGAUUUUGAGAGCAAGCGGAGUCGCCUAUCUCGGACAAAGGGACCCGGAAAUAUGCUUCCCCGUGGCUGUAUCGGAUGAUCAGACGUGCAUGGAAAUCGUGAGAGACUUGCAGGCGAAGGAGGCUCAGUUACAAGAGAUUGUGACGCAUGAGCAGGUCUUGAGCAAGAAGCAUGCCAAAGCUUUGAAGAAGUUCAACAAGAAAAGCUUGAAGGUGAGGUUACUGAAGAACCGACAAGAGUUACGUAUAGUCUAGAUGAUGGCAGUCCUAUUUUGUUGCUAUUAAGUAUCUUCAGUAACAAUAUUUCGUGAAGAUCAAGCAAGGGUCAAUUAGUGUUGUUGAUUAGGUACAGUUAUUUUGAGUCCCUGUCGUCUAAGUUAUUUAUGAUUAGCAUGUGUGCUCAAAGAGGCCAUACUAUUAGCAACAGUAUCUUUUGUAUGGUGGUGGCUAUAAGUGGGAUAAGUUAGUUGCUAUUUAUCAUCAAUCAGGAUGAACAAUCACCAUCAAAAGCUUUAGUGACCAGGGGGUCUAUUGUGACCAAAUGAAAUCGUCAC